GCUCAAGAAAACAUCAACAUGGAAUUGAAACAAGAGUGCUGUUUCAAGCUUUUUCUUCUCCUCUUGUCAUGUGCAGGCUUAUCAGCCUCUCAAUCCUCCACCGAUCACCUGGCUCUUCUCUCCUUCAAGUCUCUCAUCUCCGACGACCCAACCGGCGCCAUGUCCUCAUGGGGAAACGCCUCCCUCCGCUCGUGCCAAUGGCGAGGCGUGACAUGCACUUACCUCAAUGACCAAGAGAGAGUCACAGCUUUGAAUUUGAGUUCCCUCCAAUUGUCGGGCAAACUCUCGCCAUCCCUUGCCAACCUCACUUUCCUUGAAAACCUCGACAUCUCUUUCAACGCUCUCGGUGGUACCAUUCCACGAGAGCUCGAAAAUCUAUCCAACCUCAAGCAUCUUGAUUUCAGCAACAACAAGCUUCAAGGAGACAUCCCUGGCAACCUUGGCUCCCUCACACGGCUCCAAAAUCUCUCCUUAUAUAGCAAUCUUCUCACAGGAGCCAUUCCUCCUGAGAUUGGUAACCUCUCGAGCUUGAGAAGACUUUACUUGAGCGUCAACCAAUUCAGCAGCUCAAUUCCUGCUUCAAUUGGCAACCUCUCCUCCCUUUCAAUACUUCAUUUGGACACUAAUCAACUCACUGGAGCCGUCCCUUCUUCUAUUGGAAAUCUUGUCAACCUCACCAAACUCUUGCUGCAUAACAAUAAUCUCUCCGGGUCCAUCCCAACUGAGAUAGGAAACCUUGCCAAUCUGAUCACGCUGAUAAUGGGUGGCAAUCGGCUUACUGGCAGAAUUCCUACGAGUUUGGGGUUGCUGCACAAUUUAUAUGUAUUGUCUCUGAGUGGUAAUUUGCUUGAGGCAAAGAAUGCUGCUGAGUGGAGUUUUCUGGAUGCCUUGACCAAUUGCACCAAUCUGCAAGUGCUGGUUUUGGAGAACAAUAAUUUAGGCGGAGCGUUGCCAAAAUCCAUAGUUAAUUUGUCCAAAGUUCUUCAUGAUCUGAGGCUCGGUGGUAAUCAUAUAGCCGGAAGCAUUCCUGCAGAGAUUGGGAGGCUUGUUUCCUUGUCAAGAAUUAAUAUGUCGUCCAACUAUCUCGAUGGUGUCAUUCCCACAGCACUGGGAAGCCUUUCCGAAUUGGUAGAAGUAGACUUGAGUCGAAACCACUUUGAUGGAGAAAUACCUGCAACUGUUGGCAACGUAAUUGGGCUGACUAAACUUGUUUUGGCUUCCAAUAAACUUAACGGAUCCAUACCAAACAGUCUUGGGAAGUGCCGGCUAGAGAGACUGGAUCUUUCUGCCAACAGAUUGAUUGGAGCAGUGCCCAAAGAGAUUCUCUUAAUUCCUUCACUCUCCGUACUUCUCAAUGUUUCACACAACUCACUAUCAGGACCUCUGCCUCCAGAAAUUGGACACUUGAAUAAUCUCCAAACGAUUGACGUCUCUUACAAUCAACUUACUGGCGGUAUUCCUCCCGCCAUUGCUCAAUGUAAAGUCCUUCAGAAUCUUUACCUGCAAAUGAAUCUUUUCCAGGGAUCCAUUCCUUUGAAAUUUAGCCAAUUGAAAGGGAUUCAAAUUCUGGACAUCUCCAACAACAACUUGUCUGGAAACGUACCGGAUUUUCUUGGGAGCUUUCCUUAUUUGACUUAUCUUAACCUCUCCUUCAACAAUUUACAGGGCGAGCUGCCAAGAGAUGGAACAUUUAGUAACGUUACUUCGUUCUCUGUGGUGGGAAACAAAGGACUUUGUGGUGGUGUUCCAGAGCUUGGUUUGGCACCAUGCUCUAUGGGGAAGAAACAUCCAUCUUGGAAGCUCGUUGUAGCUAUUUCCAUUGCUGGAGGAAUCUUGUGUAUUAUCUCUCUCAUUAGCUUCUAUGCUGCUUGCCAUAAGCAGAGGAGAUCUUCUUCUAUCUACUCGGAUAUCAAGGGGCCGUAUAGGAAGGUCUCUUUUGCUGAGCUUCAUAGAGCAACAGAUGGAUUCUCACCUUCUAAUCUGGUCGGCAAUGGGAGCUUUGGGUCUGUUUACAAAGGUUUAACGGAUUGGGAAGAUCAUAAUGCAGUGGCAGUGAAGGUGUUUGACCUAAAGCAAAAAGGGGGUUUCAGAAGCUUCACAACGGAAUGUGAAGCUUUGAGAAGUAUCAGACAUCGGAACCUUGUCAAGAUUAUAACAUCAUGCUCAAGUUUAGACUUCAAACGGAACGACUUCAAAGCUUUAGUGUUUGAGUUCAUGCCUAAUGGAAGCCUGAGCAAGUGGCUACAUCCUAAAGCAGAUGAACAAGGCACACCCCAAAUGCUAAGUCUCAUCCAGAGAUUGAAUAUAUCAAUUGAAGUUGCUUCUGCACUGGAGUAUCUUCACCACCAUGAUCCAACUCCUGUUGUCCACUGUGAUCUUAAGCCGACCAAUAUUCUCCUAGACCACGACAUGGUUGCGCACGUUGGAGACUUUGGAUUAGCAAGGUUUCAUAAUGCAACUGUCAGAACAAGGGCUGAGACAUCAACAAGUUCACUCAUACUAAAAGGAAGCAUCGGAUAUGCUGCUCCAGAGUAUGGAUUGACCAAUAAAGUUUCUGUCCAAGGCGAUGUGUACAGUUACGGAAUUCUUUUGCUCGAGAUGUUUACUGGAAAGACACCAACAGAUGCAGCCUUCAAUGAAAAUUUAAACCUUCAUAAAUAUGUUGAAAUGGCAAUUGCUAAACAAGCUGUUGAUGUCAUGGACCCCAAACUAUUGUCAGAAUGGGGAGAAGAAACGCUUCACCUUGACCCAUCAACAAAAGAAAUCAGACUGAGAGCGGUAGAGUGUGUUAGUUCAGCACUUAGAGUUGGCAUCCAGUGUUCCAUGGAGUCGCCGAAAGAGCGAAUGAAGAUGGAAGAUGCAGUAAGAGAGCUCCACAACAUUAGGGAUACAUUUCUAAGGUAUGGUUCAAUAUCUCCCCAAAAGUAGCCCCUGGCUUCAAUUUAUGAUCAUAUUUACAAAAAAAUAUUCAGCCAAUAGGCUUUGUAUUCCCUAUAGGAUUUGCAUGUAGAAAAGUUUAUGUACAAAUUGAAUAUGUAUCUUUUUCUGAAUUCACCAUUAUGUAGAAGCAGCGUUAAAAACAUCGUUCUGCUUCUCUUGUUGUUGGAGUGCUGUUUUAUAAAUGUAUAAUGUUCUAGUAUAUCAAAUAUCUGUAGAGGU